UUAAAUCCCAGCUGUUUGGAACAUAGGUAGAAGAAACAGGAAGCCAGGAAUGGAGCACCUCGCUCCAAAGAGAGGUGGGCCAAGAGGCUGUCUUUCAUACAGAGGCAGGAGGAGGAAGAGGAGGACCGAUUGUGCAGACAGCAUAGGGUUUUAUUCACUGAGCACGCACACACACACACACAUACACGAACGCAGACACACACCCACUUACACACAUGCUUCGUAAGGCUGUUCUCAGGCUGGGAAAAGAGGGAGCAGGGGAGAAGAGAGGAGAGCACGGCACGUUCUGCAAGUGGUGACAGACCAGAAAAAACAGAGACAGCCAGGCUACAGAGGGACAGAGGGGUGGUCAUCGUACACAGCUUUCUAGACCCAGGACCAACCUCCACGAUGUCCCGGAGGAGGUCUACAGGUGACCUGGUGCCCAGGGACAUCACUGAGAUACUAGCCAAGGAGGCCAGAGCGCAACGUGGGAAGAAGAAGCCGGGAAGCUCCCUGGGACAGGCCUUCAGCUGGAUGAAGGGAAGCAAGAAGAAAAAGAACAGCGACAGUGGAGUGAACAGGACUGGGGCCGCGGCCAGCGUCGCAAAAGUGGGACCUCAGAAUCCUGACUCUGCGAAAACUGGCCUGAAGGGUACUGAGGACCAGAAGAGGUUGACCGUCCACUACACAGGCUCUCAGCACCACCAGGAAAAUGUUUUCAUUGCGGGCAGCCGACCACAGUACCUGGAAGACCUGCACACGGAGGCCCAGGAGGGUCUGAAGAUACUGCAGCAGGAGGAGCACAAAAAUGGAGUGAACUUCGAUGACGACGACGACGACGACGACGAUGAAAGUAUUUCCUCCUCCGACACUCUGCGUCCAGAACAGGAUACCGGCUCCAAGGACAGAGAAGUCCGUCUGGAAUCAGAAGUCACUGCUGAGACCGAUGACGCCACAGUAACCUCUCCUGUUCCCACAAUGCCUUUGCUGACUCAUCAAGGUUCUACAUUUAAGCCUGUCAAUCCGGUGAAAAGAUUAGAUAAGAGCAGGAGGAGAAACAGGAGGACCACCAUUAUGGGCAUUCCCAACCAGGUUCAAAAAGAGCUGGCACUGCACAGAAACUCCACCUUCCAGCCACUGAUUCCUGAGCAGCUCCCCAAAAAAGACGGAGAGGUCAGUGACAGCCAACCAGGAGUCAUCAUCAUCCCUACAGUUGACGGAGGGACGUCUGCAGCAAAAAGUGAAGGAGCGAGAGUGCACCUUUCAGAGCUGGAGGCAACCAAAGAUGCACAGCUGCUAAGAAAGCAUCUCCAAAUGAUGUUCCAGAACGAACAUCUCAACCAACAUGGCUAUGAGUCCAAUCGAUGCUCCAACUCCUCGAUGAGACCCAAGUCCCUCGCAGUACCAGGCAUGACCACCGCUGCUCCCUUUUUUUCUUCUACAAUGUUUAGUGUGCUCCAAGAAUCGCAGGGUCCAGUGAUGUCCAUAUCGCCUCAGGCGACUUACUUGUCUACAAUCAUUCCAAACGCAAUCCUCCCCGCUUCGAUUGAAGUCAUAGAGAUAGAUCGAACGAGCAGUCGAACGCGUGGCAAUAGUAUCAAAAAUGGAAGUAGCGCUAUCAGCAAAAGCCCUUCGAUAUCUAGAAGAUCGGGAGGAGACGACCGUCAAGUAUCCCACUCCUGCGACAACUCCGUACAAAUGCCUUCAUCAGUGUCGGGAUCCAACUGGAGUGAGACCCAGUCUUCAAAAACCAUCCCUUCCAACUCAUCUCCUGCGUCGUCCAAAGGAAGUUCUCGAAGUGACAGCCGUAACAGAGUGGGUCUGAGUGAACAGGAUCUCCAGCAGGAUCUGGAUCACGUCAGCCUCUGCAGCUCAGUGAGCACAUUCAGUACCUGCAAAAACAAAGGCGGAAAUUCUUUUGGAGUUCAAGAAACAGGUUCGGUGACGGCGGAGGAGGACGCAAAGAACAAGCAGAACUUCAGUCGUAGCCUUUCAGUGAUGAAGACCAGACAACCUCCGGCUCCCCCACAGAGGACAAAUUCACUUCAUAUUAAUAAGAUCAAAAAUAAAUCCAGGGUUCUGAUGGAAACACAAGAUCUAAAUAUUGUUCUGUCAGCAGAGACAGGAGCUACUGCAAAAAAACAUUUGGCAAAGGAUGAGGUCGGGUUCGUCCCUGGAGGUAAUGCUUCAAUGUCGAACUCUGCAGGAAUUAGACGUCAAGAUUUAUUCUCUAGUCCCACUGAGAGAGCGUGUGUCAAGAUUAAAGAGCCAGAGAAAAUGUCCCCCGAAGAGGUGAAGUUCGAACGAACCAUUUCCCCGUCCAGCGGUUACUCCAGCCAGAGCGGGACUCCAACCCUGUCGCCCAAAGGUAUCCCUCCGACAUCCCCAGAUAAACAAAGGAAACCCAUAAAACCGGAACGAUCCACGUCUCGGGCUUCAUCCUCAGCGGCCUCACCUUUCUCCUCCCUCACCUCCCUAUCAUCAAGCACGACCGAAACUGUUCAUUCUGACGUUUCGUCGUGAAGCCCAGUUCUUUCUCCACAGGAGAUGUCACCCAGGAAUAACCAACAUCAAGUCACGCCAAAGAAUACGAAUUCUGACUUCAGAGAGCUACUGAACAUCCCACCUCCUCCCAAGGUCAAAGCACCGAGCCCUCCUCCUCCAGAGACUUGGGUUCACAACAGAUGCACCUUUGAGUUCCUGUGCGGCCCGUACCCCUUUGUCAACAAACAAACUCCAGAGGGCGCAGUUGUAUCGACAAAGACACAAUGUGAUCCCGGUGAGAAAACAAUCGAUUUGGUCAAAGAACAGAGGACUUCAUUCAAAUCUGUCACAGAUUCCUCUGAUGAUAAAGAGAAGUCGGAGCCCUCGAUUGCAACAUUUCCCACUGAGGUCCCCGGCGAGCUGAAAGAAGACAGAGGGACAGAGGAAGAUGAAAAAUGUCCAGAUGUUCCAAGACAGGAGCAGGGUAGUUCUGCUGAUAAAGUGGAAUGCAACAAAAAUCAAGAAAGGGCUCAAAAGAAACACCCUCCACCUGUGAUGAGGAAACCAAUAAUGCUGCACAAAAGACUACUGGCGUCAACAGAGCAGCCGGUGGAGAAACAGCAGACGGACAUCAACGGUGACACACCGAUAGUGGACUCAGAGAAAAGCACAGGGACAGACUCACGGAGUGGGGUUAUUGCUUCAGUGGAUGGGAGUAAUAAUGACAGCGAUACCGUCAGCAGGCUCUCUCCUCCACCAACUCCACCAGCAGCAGACCAUCUUACACCUCCCUCGUCAGUGUCAGCGCCUCCAGAGGAACUAGAAGUACAAGAAGAGAACCAUAACACUGAGUCUUGCUGGCCUCCUCCUCCUCCGCCGCCGCCUCCUCCUUUGGAAGGGGACUCGGUCUUUGAUGGAGGCGAUGAGGUAGACUUCCCACCUCCACCUCCACCAGUUCUGACAGAGAUUGUUCCAGAUGUGGUGGACAAUUGCAUCAAAAACCCAGACAUUCUCAGGGAGUGCACUGCAAUGACUCAAGAAACCGGAGAGACGCGUGAAGACCAAAGGCAAGCCGAGACAUCUGGAGAGGAACCGAAACCACAUCUGCCUGAUGCCGUUCCACACUCGGCAAUAUAUGACAACGAACCAACAGUGGAGGCAAAUCAUUCAGACUCAGACAGUGUUGAGGAGAAACUUCUGGAACGAGGAAAAGAUGCAAAGGUUUCAUAUUUAACAGACGAGGAAACUUCUCUGAAACUUCUGUCAAACAAAGAACAUCCUUCAACAGUCCCCGCUUCGAUUCCUGGAAAUGUUUUCCUGAGACCUGACAUAUUGAAAACCGAAGAUGAACCUUCCCUGGGGCCGAUAAGUAACGGCCAAAUUGCAUUUGUAGUGCCAGCAGCUCCUCCAUUACCAGCAGCAAAUACGUCACAAGGAGCUAAUUUUAGAAAGCAGCCGAAUGGAACAAACAGAGACGCCAGGAGUAAGGAACUCCUUUCUCGUCACAAAGGUGCCCCGAUCCCUAAAGAAGAUGCGAAUAUACCUCUUGUCACCCCUUCGCUGCUCCAGAUGGUUCGUCUCAGAUCGGUCAGUGUGACUGAAGACCAAGUGAAAGGCGCUCCUGAGGACAAAUCCACAAACCUUGAAGCUCCAGCUAAUGAAAACUGCUCUGUCGUGGGAACUCAGAACGUUCCACAGAAGCCAAUACGCAAGUCUCUGUCUUUAAAGUCUUCACCUCAGAUGACAAAGACACCCAUGAUGAUGAUGACCUCCCCCUCCGUGCGCUUACAGGAGGCCAUACGCAUAAAAACAGCAGCCAUGUGUUCGAGAGAUGAGCUCCCGUCCAGACUGGGCGUGAGGUCAUCCGCCUACAGUUGCCUUAACGAAAAAACACCCGGCAGGUUCGAUAUGCACAAAUGUCCCGCUUCCACGGCUAGCUUUAUCUUUGCAAAGAGCGCGAAAAAAGUCGUCAUAGAGACAGUGGCCGCCUCGUCGCCUGAAGCCCAGACGGGUCACAAGCAGGGCUUAGAAGUCGAGCCCACGCACAUGGCUGAGCGGUCGAUGUCUUCCUCUUUGGCCAAUGGUGAAGUCAAGUAUGAGAAGGUUCCUCCUCCGGUCGCACAGAAGCCAGCACAUGGUGGUGUCGGUGCUUCACUUCAUCCUCCUGCAUGUGUAGAACAGUUGGCCUGCACCGGUGAAGUAAAUGAAGCAGCAGAAGUACAACACACAGGAGAAAUAACACCGGAGACCACAACUACAAGAGUGACAGCAGACACCAUUGAAACACUGUUUUGAAUUUUUGGUGGUAAACUGUGGAGGUGGAAGAAAAAAACGAAGGCCCUGAAAGUGGAGACAACUCCCGGCAAGGACUGACAGACAUUACUCUCAGUGGUUGAUGUGCUUUAAAUGUAAUCCAAAGCCUUAGCCCGUUCACGGCCUCACCGUACACUUAUGCAGAAAUAUCAUGCUCCUAGUUUCCAUUUAUAGCUUUAUUACGGAGCAUUUUUUUCUGCACUGUUGUCGUAGCUUCCAAUCACAACCCCCCCUCAGGUUCGACAGGUGUAGGUCAGCUCAGAUUUAAUUAUUUGACGCGGGCGAGAUCGCCUCCUAGAGGUUCGAUUAGGUGGUGCGGACUGCAGCUCAGAGAGUGAAAAUGUCUCAACACAAUCUCUGUACUUCUUGUUGUUAUACAACAGUCUUUCUUCUUUCUUUUUUUAAAAAUGGGAAUUUAAAACUAUUUGCAAAAAUUAAUACAUUUGCGAACUCUUUAAUCUUGGCUUUUCACCUAUCUUCAACUAACGACCUGAAAAGUAUUAUGAAUUGCACCUAUUAAAAUAAAAAACAACAGUGAAUUUAAAGUAACAAGUUACAUGCUUGGAUUCCACUAGCGGCACUAUCACACACUUUUUUCCCAUUAAAAUGUAGUUAUUUAAAAUUGUCUAUAACUUAAAAACCACUUGAAGGGCUGUGGUCCUAAAAACUGGCUCUGGAUGAUUUAUACACUGGAGUGGACCUAAUCUGGGGUCGGCUUUUGUAUCAAAUAAUCUCUAUCUAGAUCUUUGUAAUAGCAAAACAAGCUAACGUAUCUAUUUGCACAGAACGCUUUAAAACACCACAAAAUCAUCAGUAAGUGAAUUAUGUCGGCUCAUACUUCUGGGUCAACGUUGAAUUGAUUUUUUUUUGUUGUUGUUGAUUAUAAUGCAUUGUGUACAGUUAUUACUUCUAUAAAUAAAAUUUUAAGUGUACAAAA